AUGGCGGCAAGGUUUUCGAGGUUAUUUGAUGAUUGGGACCAGGAUCAUGGGGAUAUAAAUAUGCUAGAGUUUGGUUCCAAUAUUAACCAAUCACCACCUGACUAUCAUUCUUCGCACAAUAGUUCGGAAUAUACAUCCUACUCAGCAAAUAUUUCCGAAAGACCAGAACCAAUACUCCAGCGACAGGAAUCCACUACACCGUUCACACCCUUCGAUGAUGGUAUAUCAUCACGACGUCUACUGGACGGUAGAGGUAGCUACGCCUCUAGUUUUAGUCCAUCUCUUCCCUCCGCCCACGAUUAUCAAGCCCUGAAAGGUCUCGGCCGCGAUAGUCUCACGGAAGAUUCACCUCCUAGUGAAGCACGUCUGCGGAAAACUUCUGGCGUAACUUUGAAUAUGAAAAGGAUAUGGACGAAAUCAACAGCUUUUGCCAAGCCCCGCCCUUCAUCUACGUUUGAUGGUCAGUUUGCACAGGGGAAAGAUGGAUGGUGGAAGAAACAAAUGUUGGUGGAUCGCAGUUUGCGGUCCAUGGCGGGGUUUACGUUUCUUUGCGCAAUCAUUAUGUUUAUAAUUAUGAUGGUGUAUUUACCUGCUUUUUAUCAUCGGUUGAACAAAAACAGUACGAGUAUGGGUGGAAAAGACGGGGAAGGUUGUGAGAGUAUGGAGAGAAGAAAUAUCGCCGCUCGUUUUUUUAUUAGUAUUGCAGCAACGAUGGUUUUAGGUUGUUCAAACACGUAUCAACAAUUGGCCACUGCUCCAGUCGUGGAAGAAAUUCCAUACAUCUUGUCAAAACGAGGGGAUUUCAUUGGACCAUCAUUUUAUAUCGAGAUGCCGACCAAUGUUAGCUACUUCUACAAUGCAACUUUCACUCUGGGUCCCUACGAUUAUUCCUUCAAUAAUGUUGAUUCUCUGUCAAAUUAUGAUUCUGCUUGUUGGACUGCUUUUAGAGCCGGGUUCUAUGUCUUGCCUCGCGACAUACGUCAAUUGAGUAAUCAAUACAACACUCUUACUCUCAAGAAUUCGACAUCCUUCAAAACCGUAUCUGUUACAUACAAUCAGAAUUGUACGACAUAUAAAGGAACGGCAACUGUCGAUGAAGCGCAAAAGGAGGUCGACUACGCUUCAACGCAGAGUUCUUAUGGCCUGUAUGUGAAAGGAAAUUGCGCCUUGAGACAAAAUGUUUAUUGUGAACUGGAGGAUCAACAACCAAGCAAAUGUCGAUUGAAUGUUCGAAUGCAAGCUUGUUUUAUUCCUUCGAUUACUGGUGAUGAUAUAGGUCACUGUCAGAAAUGCAAAAGAUUCAACGAAAUUGAUAAAGCCGCCGAUCUGCUACAUCCAAGUAUAGCAAUAAAAUACAAACGAUCACUCCUAUCCAACCUUGGUUCAACUGCCAUACCCCAAAUGAUAAUCCUCAUGUUCUGUUCCUUCGCCAUGGUCGGCCUCUCCAUAAUUAUCAUUACCGCCAUGGCCAACACUGCGUCAAACUACCACCCCAAUUGUGCGCAGUCCAACAAGACCAGCCCUAACCACGGCAUCGGCUGUGAUGCCAAUAUCUCCAAGGUCCUCGAGCAUUACUACGGAACUUGGGGAGGAUUUUCCUCCAGCGCUACAUUGGCAUCUCUACCAUCUGAUAAAAUCAGCAGUGAACUACUAGCCUUUGUUAUUUCCAACGGCGCGCAGUUUCUUUUCAGUCUUCUCUAUUUAUUACUCAUCUACAACGUCACGCUCAUAUCCAUGGAACACGAAUGGGGCACCUUCGAACUGCACCGUCGCAAGCCCCGCGCCACAAUCGUAUCUGGUACUCCCUUUGAACAAUCCUAUUUUCUACAACUUCCCUCCAAAGUUCUGCUCCCUCUCAUGAUGUUCGCAUCAGCUAUGCAUUGGCUACUAGGCGAAUCCGUAUCGACGAUCGAAACCAUCUACACGGAUCCCGCAUAUGGAGUCGAACACUCGGUCUAUUUUGUCACUUAUGCCUCGUACCCCAUUUUUCUUAUGGGUAUGGGUGCCAAAUUUAGACAUGCAGGCUUUUCGACUGAUGAACCAGGCAAAAUCGUACCCGGAGAGAUAUACUGCGGUCGUGGUUGA